CGCCGCUACUUUGUGUUCGCCCAACGCCAAUGGUGUCCUGUUCCGUAAUUGCGAUCUCUCGUUCAUGACGGCGACCCUGAGCGGCCCGCGCAGCGAGCGACAAAGGACACCAGGCUGAGCAGCGCCAUCGCGGCCUACUCUGGCGUCCGCUAUGUGGCGAGACCGCACGAAUCUCUAUAUUUCCUAUCGGCAGUCGUACGCGCACCACCCGACAAAACGGACAAAAUACAGCGGUAGCGCGGCCGGUGGGAAUGGUUUCGGCGAUGUCUUCCCGGGGAACACCAGCUAUGCCAGCGGCAACGACGACACGCGCGGUCUCCUCUCGGCCGGUGCCUUCGAAGACGAUGGCGACGCCGUCAUAGAGAUGGACCUCCUGCCCCCACGCUGGGCCGACAUAUCCGACGAGAUUACCGACCUGCUCGCCGAUAUAGCUACCAGGAGCCAGGCCCUCGAGCGCCUGCACCAGAAACACGUACUGCCGGGGUUCAACGAUGAGGAUGCGAAAAAGGCCGAGGAGCGGGAUAUUGAGAGGCUCACGCAGCAGAUCACAAAGGGGUUCCACGACUGCCAUGGUUGUAUCCAGCGGGUUGAGCAGAUGGUGAGGGACUCGAAGCAUUCCGGAACGAUUACUAGCGCCGAGGAGACCAUGGCGAAGAAUAUCCAGAUAUCCCUAGCUUCACGGGUGCAGGAAGCAAGCGCGCUGUUCAGAAAGAAGCAGAGCGCAUACUUGAAAAAACUGCGCGGGAUGAGCGGUCUCGGUGCCGGCGGCGUAGGCGUGCCUGGCGAAAGGGGAUCAACACCUCAACCCUCCAACUCAUACCUCGACCCGUCCAUGGUCGAGUCGGACGCCGACAGGUCCUUCUCACAGUCGACGCUCCAAGCGACGCAGCAAAAGCUCCUGCAGUCCAACGACGCGGCCAUUAUCCAACGCGAGCGCGAAAUCGAGGACAUUGCGCAGGGCAUCAUCGAGCUCGCCGACAUAUUCCGCGACCUGCAGAACAUGGUCAUUGACCAGGGCACCAUGCUGGACAGGAUAGACUACAACGUUGAGCGGAUGACCACCGACGUCAAGGGGGCCGAGAAAGAGCUCGUCAUCGCCGACACGUACCAGAAGAAGACGACCAAGCGCAAGAUUAUCCUGCUUCUCCUCCUCAUCAUAGCGGGCAUGAUCAUCCUGUUGGUCAUCAAGCCCAAGAAACGCGGAGGCGGCGACGACGAGUGAAGAAAUCCGAAUGGGCGCUUCAAUGAAGAGACGAAGAAGUUGGUGUAAACUAAAUGUAUGAAUUUUCUUAUUUUAGAACAAUGUCUAGCGAUUAUGGGAUCCAUCAU